CGCGCACAUCACUUCCAAAUCCGCCCUUCACACACACUUUAACGCAGCUCACCCUCACCGCCGACUAGGGUGCCCACUGUGGAGCAGGCAACCAGAGCUGGCCGGCAUAUCCUCUUUUCCAGGCGCUAGCGGCGCCAAUGGAUGUAUUCGAGAUUGAAAAGGAGGCGGGCAAAGCAAGAAAGGCGGCGGCUGCUGCAUCCGCUGCAGCGGCGGCGGCAGCGGCAGCAGCGGAGGGGGACGGCGUGGGGUUGAAAGACCACUUCAAGCCGCUUAACGAGCUUCCCGCUGCGCAGCGGCAGAAGGAACUUCAUAAAGAGAUUCAGUUUGUGGAGCACACAUGGCCGCUGGAGCAGCUCUACUCGCACUUCCACACCGACCCCGCCCAGGGCCUAUCGGAGGCGCAGGUGGUGAUAAACCGCGGGCGGUACGGCGAGAACCGGCUGACGCCGGGGUACGUGACGCCGUGGUGGGUGCGGUACCUGCAGCAGUACACCAACUUCUUCUCGCUGCUCCUCAUUGUCGCUAGUGCGCUCUGCUUCGUGGCGUAUGGCAUCGACCCCGCGCACGACAAGGAGAACCUGUACCUGGGCAUAGUGCUGCUGGUGGUGGUGGUGGUGACGGCAUCGUUCACAUACUGGCAGGAGGCGCGCUCAGAGCACAUCAUGGAGUCGUUCCGCCACCUCAUUCCAGCCACCUCACGAGUCGUGCGCAACGGCCACGUGCAGGUGGUGGACGCGGGUGAGCUGGUGCCAGGGGACAUGGUGGAGCUCAGCGAUGGCGACAAGGUGCCGGCAGACAUACGCGUCAUAGAAGCCACCGAUCUCAUGGUUGACAACAGCGCGCUGACAGGCGAGUCAGCGGCAGUGGAGCGCGGCACGGAGCUGGCAGUGGACUCGGAGGGGCGCGCGGUGAUAGAGCCCCUGGAGGCGGCGAACCUGGUGUUCUAUGCCACCAUUGUGGCGAGCGGGCACGGCAGGGGGGUGGUCAUCGGCACGGGGGACAACACUGCCAUGGGGCAGAUCGCAGGCCUGGCGGUGCUGACGCCUCCAGUGGACACGCCGCUAGCAGCGGAGCUGAAGCAGUUCGUGGGCAUGAUCAGCCUGAUGGCCGUGGUCAUGGGGCUCAUCUUCUUCGGCAUCGGCCUGCUGCUCGGCGACCCCUUCCUGCAGACUGUGGUGUUUGGCAUCGGUGUCAUUGUGGCCAACGUGCCUGAGGGGCUGCUGGCUGCUGUCACGGUAUCUCUGGCGCUGGCCGCCAAGCGUAUGCACGUGCGCAAUGUGCUGGUGAAGAACCUGCAGUCCGUGGAGACCCUUGGCUCCUGCACCGUCAUCGCCUCCGAUAAGACCGGCACACUCACCCAAAACCGCAUGACCGUCCAGCACUGCUGGUACGACCUGCGGGUGUUUGAGUGUCCGGUGGCGCGCAAUCGAGUGGAGUGGGAGGAGGUGAUGAAGGGGCCAGCAGCGGCGUCGGCGUACGAGCCGCAGUCGCCCACCUUCCAGAAGCUGCAGCUCGUCAUCUCGCUCUGCAGCAACGCCGUCUUCCUCACAGAGGGUCUGGUGAUGGGCAUUGAGAUGCGGCGCCGCGAGUUCGACCUGCACGCGGCGCCGUGCGCAGGGGACGCCUCAGAGCAGGGCCUGCUGCGCUUCGUGGAGCCGCUGCGGCCCGCCAAGGAGCUGCGGGACCUGUACGGCAAGAUCUUCGAAGUCAAGUUCUCCAGCGCCAACAAGUGGCAGCUCUCCAUCCACGUCCAGUCAGCGCAGAACCGGCUGCCCCCAAUUCUGGUGAUGAAGGGCGCACCGGAAAAAGUCCUGGAGCGGUGCGCAUACAUCCUGGUGAACGGGCAGGUGUUUGACCUGACCAGCGACAGCCGGCGGCACUUCCAAGAGGCGUACCAGCAGAUGGGCGGGUUCGGGGAGCGCGUGCUCGGCAUGGCCUUCCGCGACCUCGAGGGCUUCAAAAACGAGUUCGCUUUCUCGCACAAGCCGCGGCCCAACUUCCCCACGGACGGGCUGACGUUCGUGGGCAUGGUGAGCCUCAUGGACCCGCCGCGCCCGGGCGUGGUGGAGGCCGUGGCGCAGUGCCGCCGCGCCGCCGUCAAGGUCAUCAUGGUCACGGGCGACCACCCCAUCACCGCCACCGCCAUCGCCACCAAGGUGGGCAUACUGGAUGCAGGCAAGGUGGAAUCGGGCAGUGCGGCUGUGGUGACAGGCGAGGACAUCCGUGCGUGGAGUGCGCUCAGCCCCAGGGACGAGACUGCCAAGUGGGACGAGGCCCUCUCCCAUGACCAGGUCAUCUUCGCGCGUGUGUCCCCGUCGCACAAGCUGCUGCUGGUGGAGCACUGCCAGCGCCGCGGGGAGAUAGUAGCGGUCACAGGGGACGGGGUCAACGACGCUCCUGCACUCAAGAAGGCCGACAUCGGCAUCGCCAUGGGCAUUGGCGGCAAGGACGUGUCGAAGGAAGCGGCAGACAUGAUCCUCAUGGACGACAACUUUGCGUCCAUCGUGAGCGGUGUGGAGGAGGGCCGGCUCAUCUUCGACAACCUCAAGAAGACCAUCUGCUACGCGCUCACCGUCAACAUCCCCGAGCUCGUGCCCUACCUCGUCAACGUGCUGCUCGGCGUGCCGCUCGCACUCUCCACCGUGCUCAUGCUUGCCAUCUGCCUUGGCACCGACAUGCUGCCCGCCAUCUCGCUCGCCUAUGAGGAGAAGGAGUCGGACAUCAUGGACCGCCCGCCGCGGAACCCGAAGAGGGACCGGCUGGUGAGCUGGCGGCUGAUCAGCCACGCGUACCUCAUCAUCGGCGUCGUGCAGACGCUCGCCGGCUUCCUCGCUUUCCUCGCUGUCUUCAACGACUAUGGCUACCGCCCCAAUAUGCUGCUGCGCAUCGGCUUUGACUUCGCCCACAGCCCCAUCAUCUGCACGCUCAACAGCGCCAGCGAGCCCUACGACUGCGGCUACGGCUGCGGCCCGCCCGUCUACUCACUCGGCAUGCCCGACACCUCGUCGCCGCCCGCAGCGCAGCCCUACUGCUACCAGGGCUGCCCUAUGCCCAAUGGCAACGCGACACGUGUCGUGGUGGACCCGUUCAGUGAGAUGGGAGCGGGGGGGUUCAAGGGGCAGCAGUUCUGCUCUCUCACCUGCAACACGUCCGCCUAUGCCUUCCCUGGGGGCGUGCUGCCGCCUCAGUGCUCCAACCCGGCCAUUUCCUCCCAGGUGGGGUUCCCGGGGCGGCAGCAGUUGGGCAAGCCCCUGGGGCCGUACAACGGGUGGUACUGGUGGGGGGGGCGGCGGCAGCUGCAGCCCAACACGCAGUACCAGGUGGAGGUGCUGCGGUACGCGCAGUCGGCCUACUUCCUCGCCGUCAUCGUCACGCAGUGGGCCAACCUCGUCGUCUGCAAGACCCGCCGCCUUUCAGUGUUCCAGCAGGGCAUGCACAACCACGUGCUCAACUUCUCGUUGCUCUUUGAGACGCUGGUGGCGGCGGCGCUGCUGUACUGGCCGUUCCUGCAGGAGGUGUUUGACACACGCCCGCUCAACGUGCUCUACUGGCUCAUCGGCCUGCCCUUUGCGCUCACCAUCCUCGCCAUCGGCGAGCUGCGCAAGUUGCUCAUCCGCCGCUUCCCAGGUGGAUGGAUGGACAGGUGGACCAACUGGUAGUGCCGCACUCCGCCUCUCCCUUCCACUCCCCUCCCACCCUCCACCCAGCUGCUUCUUCCCUAACCCCCAUCCUCGCCUUUCCUCCUAGUCCCUCCUGGGUUCCAUCUCCCCUAGGAUUCCAUCCAUCCCUCUUGUGCAUGGUAUCGGUUGACGUCUGGUCUGCGCAAUAACCACUGUGGCUGAGGAACUUGUCGCUUGUGGCAACCUUUGCUCUGAUUGGUUGGUUUAAUCAUCAUACCCUACUUACACGUUUACAGGUAGCCAGUACACGGGGGUGCAGUAAAAGCUGCAUGAGCUGCAUUAAUUGCCUCAAGAGCGGGGCUCUGGCUAAGGUUUUGGGAAGCCUUUCUAGUCAGGGCACCCUCCCACCCCUACCCUUAGGCAUCAGGGUACCGUGCAUGGGCACCCUAGUUUAUACAGGGUGUUUCAAACUGCGACCCUUUUCAAACAGGGUUGGAGUUAAUGUUACUCUGACGAAAUCUCUACCUGCUAUGGGUGUGUGGGCACAGUUUGCGUCACAGCAGCGCACACGUGUAAACACUCGCGCAAAGGGAAUGU